AUUCACAUUCACACUAGAAUUUGCAGCAGUUUCAUAUUAGGGUUUCGAAUUUCCCCAAAUUAUUGUUACUACUGUCAUUAUUCUUCCCCAUUCCUUCCCCUCUGCUCCUACAUGUCCAAACCCCAAUCCCCACCCUUUCCCCCUUUCUAAUUUCUUUGUUUUUAUAUUAUUAUCAAUAUAGAGAUAAUUAUUCUCUCAGGAUUGCUUUCUUUUUGUCCUUUCUUUGUCUUUCCCAAUUCCCACACCCUUUUUCAAGAGUUUCUUCGCAAAGUGCAGCUGGUUCACACACACACACACAUACGUGUAUAUAUUCUGUUCUCCACCCCCACCCUUUAGGUGUAUAAAUGGGGUAGGGCACUCACUUUCCAUUACACUUAAUAGGCUUUUUUUAAGCAUACAAAAAUAAAAAUAAAACAUCACUUGUUAACUUUGCCAGAAAAUGAGCUUCUCAAAUUCAUCAAUGAGUUCGGGAAGUAGAACAGGUCGAAGAUCGUAUGAAUUUGGGAGGACCUAUGUUGUCAAGCCUAAAGGCAAACACCAAGCCACUGUUGUCUGGUUGCACGGCCUCGGCGACAAUGGCUCCAGUUGGUCGCAACUUUUGGAAAGUUUGGCACUCCCGAAUAUAAAAUGGAUAUGCCCGACUGCCCCUACACGGCCCGUGGCUAUACUCGGGGGAUUCCCUUGCACUGCUUGGUUCGAUGUGGGAGAGCUGUCUGAAGAUUGUCCCGAUGAUUUUGAAGGUUUGGAUGCCUCGGCUGCGCACAUCGCUAAUCUGCUGUCCACGGAGCCUGCGGACAUUAAACUCGGAAUCGGGGGCUUCAGUAUGGGGGCCGCAACCGCUCUUUAUUCUGCGAUAUGCUUCGUUCAUGGCUACUACGGGAACGGCUAUCCGUAUCCCGUUAACCUCAGGGCCAUCGUAGGCCUAAGCGGUUGGCUUCCCGGGGCCAGGACAGUGUGCAACAAGAUCGGAGGAGGAUCGUAUGAGGCUGCAAGCCGGGCAGCAUCUCUCCCGAUAUUACUGUCGCAUGGGAAGUGCGACGAAGUGGUUCCCCAUGAACACGGCGAGAGGUCUUACCACGCCCUGAGCCUGGCCGGCUUCCGGAACUUAUCCUUCGAGAGCUACGACGGGAUGGGACAUUACACUGUGCCGAAGGAGAUGGAUCACGUUUGCAAUUGGCUAAACAGCAGACUUUGUGGGCUGUAGAAUUAAAUUAAAUUAAAUUAAAUUAAAUUAAUUACAUAUAUCAUACUUA